AUGACAACAAUCUCUGUCAAAGAGAAGCUCAAUCAGCAAUUUCCAGAUACGGUGUAUACGCCCAUUCUCCCUCCCGGCAAACAUCCAGUAUUCACCUACAAUGGUUUCCAUCCUGGGAAAGUUGACCAGCUACCCCGUGGUCAUGUCAAGGAGCCAGGCUUUCAAGCCUUUCCGGUUGAUGUGACCUGGGAGCAUGAUCAGGCUAUUCCCAUGAGAGAUGGUGUCAUACUGUAUGGUGAUGUAUUUAGACCAUUAAGUGGAGAGGAAAAGGUCCCUGCUAUCAUUCCCUGGAGUCCAUAUGGAAAGGUUGGAAGUGGUACUCAAAACUACGAUCGUAUGGGUCCCUGGCGUAUGGGAAUUCCAUACCAGCGGCUAAGUGGAUAUGAAACUUUUGAGGGACCCAAUCCUGCGGACUGGUGUGCUAGAGGUUACGCCGUUGUCGAUAUUGAUGCUCGGGGUUGUGCCCAUUCAGAGGGGAAUGUUGCUUUCUGGGGCGAGCAGGAAGCUACCGAUAUCUACGAUUCCAUCACCUGGAUUGCCAAACAGCCCUGGUGCAGCGGGGCUGUGGUCAUGAUGGGAAAUUCUUGGCUUGCAAUCUCUCAGAUCAAUUUCGUGUCGCGGUUCACCCACCCAAAUCUCAAAGCAAUUGCACCCUGGGAGGGCAUGACGGAUGUAUAUGCACACAACCUGUGUAGAGGGGGCGUUCCCAACGCGGCAUUUAGCGAGCUUAUCAUGCGUGGAUUUGCAGGAUUCGAGAAGAUCGAAAAUGCCGGUGCCAUGUUGAAGCAGCGCCCACUCUUUGAUGAAUACUGGUACACUAAGAAGAUCAAACCGGAGAAUAUUCAUGACAUUCCGAUAUACUUGACUGCUUCUUACUCAACGGGUCUCCAUUGUGAAGGCUCAUUCCAUACCUUCGAAACGGCGCAGACCUCUCGCAAGUGGCUUCGAGUUCAUGCAUCCCAGGAAUGGCACGAUUUGUACCGACCGGAAUCAAUGGAUGAUUUGCAGCGCUUUUAUGAUUUUUACGCCAAAGGGAUGCAGAAUGGGUGGGAAACCGAAACGCCGCGAGUCAGACUUACUCUACUUGGGUACGAUGGCAGCUUUGUGAAGACCGUAGAGGAGCGUGUUGAGGAGCAGUGGCCGCCUGCAUCUCAACACAAGGUUCGAUACUAUCUAGAUGCUGGCAACAAGACUUUGGCUAUUGCUCAGCCUGCCGUGUCUAGUUCCGUCGCCCAUGAGGGUCAUUCGCUGACAGAUUGUUCAGACUUCACCCUGUAUUUUGACAAGUACACAGAGCUCUGUGGCCGCCCAUUUGUCAAACUGUACAUGGCCUGUGACUCAGCCGAUGAUAUGGACGUGGUGGUACAAAUCCGAAAGGUAUCUGCAUUUGGCAAGCUCCUGGAGUCCCUGAACUGGUCCCCAAUGCCAAAGCCGCAACCAGAAGUUCCCAAUGUAAAUGUUGCCAAACAUCUCGGGCAGCAAGGAAUGCUUCGGGCAUCUCACCAUGUCAGUCUUCUUCCUCGACGGGACGACGACGAGUUCCCGGUGUAUGGUCAUGAUCGACGUGAGCCUAUUCCUGUGGGCACAGUCGUCCCGCUACUCAUCCCUAUCUGGCCGGUCGGAAUGGUGUUUGAGGCAGGAGAGGGAUUGGUUCUUUGUGUGUCCGGCCAUGAUAUGUCGCUACCAGAAACAGAGAUGUUGAGGUUGAAGGAGCCUGUGGAUGAGAAUCGCGGGAAGCACACGAUUUAUACGGGUGGGGACUAUGCUAGCUACUUGGUUCUUCCAUUCAUUUGA